UCUCAGGCCUUAUAGAGUCCUUUGGUGAAGGAGUCCAUGAUUUAAAAGUUGGGGACCCAGUAUGCGCGAACUGUGUCAUGGCAUGUGGAUCAUGUGGUUUCUGUAAAAGUGGCAGAGGAAAUCUUUGCAAAAAUGAAGGAACUUUCACAUUGAUAGGCAUAGAGAUUGAUGGUGGGAUGGCAGAUUACAUGGUUUCCAAACGUAGACGACUCUUUCGACUUCCGUCUUGUCUCCCACUGAAAAUUGGAGCGUUGAGUGAACCAUUCGCUUGUUCGUUGCAUUCAUUUGAACAAACAGCCAAAAGUCUUGAUCCAGCAACAUCUAACACUUUAGUAAUUGGUUGCGGAUGGACUGGAAUGGCAAUGGCACUUCUGUUACAUCACAAAGGUUUCAAGAAGAUUACAGUCGUCCAAGGGUCAAAGCCACGACGAGAUGCUUUGUUGCGCUUUGAAUUAGGAAUUUGUGUGAUGCGCCCUGAUGCUUUGAAACAAGAAUUCAAAGAUAAAAAUGGUCGAAAUGAAGGAUUUGACUUCAUUUUUGAUACUGCAGGUACACGGGAAUCACUGAAGGAGUACCUUCCUUUGGCACGGAGAGGCGCACAGUUCUGCAUAUUUGGUCUCACCACCAAGGAUACAUCAUUGCGCUUAGAUGCAGCUAACCCAGUGGAUAUCACAUUGAAUGAAAUUAAUAUUUUUGGAGCUAUUUGCAGCAAUCCUGAUGAAAUGAGCAAAAGCAUUGAAGCAAUCGAAGAUAUCCAUAAAUCAAUUGACUUAUCAAAAAUUGGCAUUAAAUUGUAUUCAAUCGAAAAUUACGAGGAAGGUUUUAAAGAUAUGCAGAAUAAAACGGCGACUAAAGUCAUGUUUGAAUUUAAUGCCUAGACAGACAUAAUUGCUGCAUAAAGUAUAAACUGCUUACGUAUUAGAAGUAAAUCACAGAAAACAGACAUUAUUGCAGAAUAAAGUAUAAACUGCUUAUAUUAGAAG